AUGUACGAUAUGGGCAUGGCACGCGCCUAUCUGGAUGAAAAUGGCCAACAUCGACCGCCUCGUUCUCAUGCCGGCAUGAGAGGCACCGAGGAAUGGAGCAGUUUGAAUGCAGAAACCGGUCGAGAUCAGGGUCGAGUUGAUGAUUUAUGGGGAUGGCUGUAUUGCCUCAAUGAGUGGGUGAACUGUCGAAGUCAAAAGCCGCAAGUGUGGUCAGCCUACGACAAAGAGCCGAAUAUUCGGCAAUGGAUGAAAUCACCGUUUUUCUCGGCCAGAAUGGUACUCAACAACUGCCCAUUUGCGUUUUUCCGAAUCGGGUUCUAUCUUCGAACAUUGGGUCGUGAUGACACACCUGACUACUUCUAUCUGGCAUCAUUACUUCAUGAAGCAAGUCGUACGGUGAAACGGAAACAGAAGCCAGAGCCAUUGAAUAUCGAUAAAAUCCUUGCCGAAAAUGCACUACUCGAAUUGAAUUUCUUCUAA